AUGGGCGAGUCAAGUGACUCAGUGUCGGUGCAUAUUGACAUGCUUUCUUUUGGAGGGAAGGAGCAUUUGGUGAAAACAAGCAGAGGUUCAAUCUCUGUGUAUGUUUGUGGUGAUCUAGAGAAGCCUGCUUUGAUAACUUACCCUGAUGUUGCUCUUAAUUCUAUGACUUGUUUCCAAGGCCUCUUGUUUAGCCCGGAUGCAGCUUCUUUGUUGCUCCAUAACUUCUGCAUAUAUCACAUUGAUGCCCCAGGGCAUGAGUUGGGAGCUGAUGUCAUUUCUUCAGAUGUUCCAUUACUUAGUGUUGAUGACUUAGCAGACCAAGUUGCUGAAGUACUCGAUUUCUUCGGGCUGAAACAGGUUAUGUGCUUAGGCGUAAUGGCUGGUGCUUACAUCCUCACACUUUUUGCUAUGAAAUAUCAAGAACGGGUGCUGGGGCUAAUUCUUGUUUCCCCUAUUUGCAAAGCAACUUCCUGGACUGAAUGGUUUUACAAUAAGGUGUUGAUGAACUUGUUAUACUUCUAUGGAAUGUGUGGAAUAUUGAAGGAAUGCCUUCUCCAGCGUUACUUCAGUAAGGAAAUUAGGUGCAGUGUGCAAGGCGCAGAAUCAGACAUCAUUCAAGCUUGUAGAAGGUUGCUGGAUGAAAGACAGAGUUUGAAUGUAAUGCGCUUUCUUCAAGCAAUCAAUGAGAGAUAUGACCUUACAGAGGGCUUGAAGAAUUUGCAGUGCAGGACGCUUAUUUUUGUGGGUGAAAGUAGUCAAUUUCAUGAUGAAUCAGUAUACAUGAGUACCAAAAUGGGCAAGAAAACCUGUGCUCUUGUUGAGGUUGAAGCAUGUGGUUCAUUGGUCACUGAAGAGCACCCAUAUGCCAUGAUAAUUCCGAUAGAGUUCUUUCUAAUGGGAUUUGGGUACUACAGACAACCAUAUUUUGCUUCCUCAUCAAGCAAUGGCUCCAACCCUACUAGUCCUUCAAGCCACAGCUGUAUAGCGCCAGAACUCCUCUCCCCGAGAGUUUGGGUAUCAAGCUCAAACCAAUCAAAACCCAUCGACAUUGAUGUUGAACAGGACAAUUUCUAUCCAGCAGAAGAAACAAAAAUUGGAAAGGUCAUGGUGCUCCGACCUCCUGAUGAUUUCCUGACAAGGAUUUUUUCCAAAUUGUCUCUGGUAGAUCACAUUCAAUUUGACGCUGUUUGCAAGAACUGGGAGCAACUAAGUAAACGUAUUAGACCUGCGGACAAGUUACCAUGGCGACUGCUUUAUGAUUGGAGAGAGUCUGAUGAAUGA